GUAAACUGCCACGGACCAUAUAUGGUCUGUUGUACUGUAUAGUGCCCCCCCUCGAGACACCUACCUAGCUUCCUCCACUCGCCUGCUUCAACAACAAAACACCUCUCAACCCGUCACUAAAUCCCGACGCAACCAUGAAAGCCAUCAUCGCCGUGCCGGCCACGCUGGCUUUGAUAUACCGGGCACAUUCCCACAACAGCCUGACCCCGGCAGGGCUAGCCGCCGCCGCGGCUUCCGCCAUCGCCCACGCCGUGCACCCAUGGAACCUCCCGUUUGCGCUGCUCGUCGUCUUCUUCCUGGCCGGCACGCGCGUCACCAAGAUCAAGAAGGAUAUCAAGGCCAACAUGACGGUGAGCUCGCAGGGCACAUCGGGUGGGGAAGGGCCCAGGACGCACAUACAAGUUCUCGCCAACUCCCUGGUCGCCUCAGUCCUCUCCCUGCUCCACGCCUACCAGCUCCACCAACGCAAGCAGCUCCUCCUAAGCGGCUCGACCCCGCUCCCCCAGGGAGCCCUGUGCCUCGCCUGGGCCGGCGACCUGCUCCCGAUCGGCAUCAUUGCCAACUACGCCGCCAUGGCAGCCGACACCUUCUCCUCGGAGCUCGGCAUUCUCUCAUCAGCGACCCCUCGCCUCAUCACCUCCCCGACCCUCCGCAAGGUACCGCGCGGCACCAACGGCGGCGUGACCGCCCUGGGCCUGGGCGCCGGGCUGCUCGGCAGCAUGGUGGUGGUGGUGGCCUCUAUCCUCUUCACGCCGCUGUGCGAGACCUCGGGCGCCGGCGUCGGAGCCGGCUGGACCUCUUCGCAGCGGGCGACGGCCAUGAUCGCGCUGGCGCUCUGGGGCGCCCUGGGCAGCGUCUACGACUCGGUGCUGGGUGCGCUGUUCCAGCGCUCGGUGCGGGACACGCGCACGGGCAAGAUCGUCGAGGGCGAGGGCGGCGUGCGGGUGCUGGUGUCGGGCCCGGGCAUCCAGGGCGGCGUGACGCCGUCGCAGUCGCACCUCAAGGCCCGCGCCGGCGUCAAGGCUGCUCUGCUGCACGGCGAGGCCGCCGACGCGGUCGAGGUUACGGCUCCCCCGGGAGAGGUCAAGACGCAGCGCAAGGGCAGCUUUGGCGACGGCAGGCCCGGCCGCGUGGCCGAGAACGGCUGGGACCUGCUGGACAACAACGAGGUCAACUUCCUGACUGCUCUGACCAUGAGCCUGGGCGCCAUGGGCAUUGCUGGCUGGUACUGGGGAGUGCGGUUCGAGGAUAUCCUGAAGCCAUGAGAUACGAGAAUCCGUGACUACGAACGUUGAAAAAAAUCAUAAUAGCAAAUUUGUAACAGCCAAUCAACUCUUCAUGACCUAACCUAAUACAAGGCACGAGGUGGAUGCCCAUAUUGCUGCUUGCAUCUUUACAGCAAGCAUUCAGCUCAAAAAAAAAAAUAAAAAAAUAAAAAAAAAUAAAAAAAAGCUUCUAGCAUUCUUCUAACCUGUUUUUUUCUUUUCCGCGGACCAUACAA